AUGGGCUCGAUGACAUCUCUCGGACUCACGGGCAACCCCUUUCACAGUGUUGUACAGCAGCCGAAAGAGCAUCUGUUCUACGAGUCCUUUCUGGAGUCAGUAUCGAAUGAUAUCGUCCAAUACCUAGCAAUGAAGCAAAACGACGGAAGCAAAGGAUCGACCGGAACACUGCCUUCAACCCCACCAAACACCAAACGUCGCUCUGGUGGCAGACCGGACGGUAUCGACCGCAAACGCAGCAAACGACACAGCACCCAGCCUUGA